ACAUUGUGGACAUCAAGCCGGCCAACAUGGAGGAGCUGACGGAGGUGAUCACGGCCGCCGAGUUCCACCCGCACCACUGCAACACCUUCGUCUACAGCAGCAGCAAAGGCACCAUCCGGCUCUGCGACAUGCGCACCUCUGCCCUCUGCGACCGCCACGCCAAGUUUUUUGAAGAGCCUGAAGAUCCAAGUAACCGGUCAUUUUUUUCUGAGAUCAUCUCCUCAAUCUCCGAUGUCAAAUUCAGCCACAGCGGGAGGUAUAUCAUGACCCGGGACUAUCUCACUGUCAAGGUCUGGGACCUGAACAUGGAGAACCGGCCCAUUGAGACCUACCAGGUUCACGACUACCUGCGGAGCAAGCUCUGCUCGCUCUACGAGAACGACUGCAUCUUCGACAAGUUCGAGUGCGUCUGGAACGGGUCCGACAGCGUCAUCAUGACCGGCUCCUACAACUUCUUCCGCAUGUUUGACCGCAACACCAAGCGCGACGUGACGCUGGAGGCCUCGCGGGAGAACAGCAAACCCCGUGCCAUCCUCAAGCCCCGCAAGGUCUGCGUGGGCGGCAAGCGGAGGAAAGACGAAAUUAGCGUGGACAGUCUGGACUUUAGCAAAAAGAUCCUGCAUACAGCUUGGCACCCCUCCGAGAAUAUCAUUGCCGUGGCAGCAACAAAUAACCUGUAUAUAUUCCAGGACAAGGUUAACUAGGAGGACAAGUUGUGCUUUAGGAAUCUCAUGUACUGAAUACUAGUAAACACAAGAUUUCAGAUGUUUCUUUUCUUUCUUUCUUUUUUGUUUUUUUCCUUUUCCCUCCUGUUCUUUGUUCAGUUACUGCUCCGCAGGUAGCGGCUGUGC